ACUCUCAUCCACACAACAUCAACUUCACCCCUCUGCAUCAUGCCCCUCAAAAUCCUCAUCGUCGGUAGCGGCUGCGCCGGCCCCGCCCUCGCCUUCUGGCUCGCCCGAACCGGCCACCACGUCGUGGUGGUGGAACGAUUCCCCUCUCUCCGGGACAAAGGCGCCCAGAUCGAUCUCCGCGGCCAAGGCAUCGAAGUGGUCCGCCGCAUGGGUCUUCUCGACAUUGUCCGCAGCAAAUGCGUCCCUGAAUCGGGGUUCACGUUCCUGGACGCCAACUCGAACGUCAAAGCCAGUAUCAAGGCGAAUACAUCCGGCAAGGGACGACAGUCGCUGACGUCGGAGUUUGAGAUUAUGCGGGGGGAUUUGGUGAGGGUGUUUUAUGAGGCCACGAGGGAUGGGGUGGAGUAUGUGUUUGGGAAGACUGUUGAACGGUUUGAACAGGCUGAUGGGGAGAAGGUGGUGGCGUACUUUUCUGACGGCACGUCGGAUACGUAUGACUUGUUGGUUGGGGCGGAUGGGCAGGGUUCGCGGAUUCGAAGGGGGAUUCUCCCGCCUGGGACCCCGGAUCCGUACGUCCAUCUGGGCAUUCACGCGGCGUAUUGGUUUGUUCCCCGGAUUGAGAGCGAUACGAAUACCUUCACGACGUAUUUGGCGCCGGGGGGCCGGGCGGUCUUCCGACGGAGUCAUUCACCGACGGAGUCGCAGGCGUAUUUCAUGCUGAAGGAUAGCUCGAAAGAGUUGGCGAGUUUGCAUCGCGCGCCGGUGGAGCAGCAGAAGGAGUUUUGGGCAGAGCGGUAUCGGGGGGCGGGGUGGGAGACGGAGCGGUUUAUUGAGGGCAUGCGGACGACGGAUAAUUGGUAUUGUCAGGAGGUGGUGCAGGUGCGGACGGAGACCUGGCAUAAGGGACGGGUGGUGUUGUUGGGUGAUGCGGCGCAUUGUCCGGCGGUGAUUACGGGGUUGGGGACGACGUCCAGUAUCAUCGGGGCGUAUAUUCUGGCCGGGGAGAUUGCACGCCAUCCCGGGGAUGUGGGGCAGGCGUUGCGGAAUUAUGAGGCUGCGUUGAGGCCGUAUAUCAGGGAGAUUCAGAAUCUGAAUACGUCGAUUGUGAGGUUUGCGUUUCCGACGACGUGGUGGGGGAUUGCCAUCCUGCAGUUUGUGGCCGGGUUGUUGUGUUGGUUGAGGAUUCCGGAUUUGAUUGCGAGGUUUUCGACGGAGGAUACGGGGGGGUGGGAGUUGCCGGAGUAUCCUGAGCUGCAUUGAUGCUUGCUUGGACUAGAUUUCGAGAUGGGUGUUGUCCCCUCCAUGCAGCAUUUUGAACAUACAGCUUGUCUUUAACGUGUCGUCUUUAUGAAAUUAAUAUUACAUUAUCAUACCA